CAGGAAAUGGGUCUGUCAGCUAGCAUUAAGGCUGUAUUGACGUGCUUGGUAUUCUUCACCAAUUCAUCUUUUGGAUUGUUUAGAUGUCAGUUCUGCAUGAUGCCUGAAGAGCAUGGUUUAAAUUCACUAAAGGCAGGAAUUAUGCACAUCUUAAAUAGGUUCAAACUGUUCCCUACAUGAUGUGGCCUUGUGAAUAAAAAGACAUAACGUCUGUCAGUGGACACCUGUUAACUUAGAUUUUCUGUGUGUGGAUGUGGAUGUCUAUGUGAAUUCAACUUUUUAUCCCACCUGUUAUCAUGUUCACUCUUUUUGAUUCCACAGGAUGUUCCAGAAGGCCUCUGCUUAGACUUCAUUUAAAUGUUUCUCAGUGUUUUCAUUCUGUUUUCAGCUCCCUCUGUGUCUAUGAAUAUCAUGUAAAAGUCUGUUUCACACUAAUAUUCUCUUCAUUUCUAAUGUGUUCUCAUAAUGUAUAUGACGUUUUGGGUCACAUGAUUAUUUGAGUACUCUCCUUUCUCUUUGGGAUGCAGCUGACAUCAACCAAAAGGUGUUGGCUGUGCAGUCAUAUUCCCAGAAUACUCAUGAGCUAUUGACCAUAAACAUGUCCUGUAAAUUCUCUGUGGUCAAGAUAAAGACAUUUAAUCUUCUCGUUACACAAAUAUCCACCUAUAUACAGUCUGUGGUAAUUUUGUCCCAGGUAUCUUUACAUACAAUCAUUAAACAUUUAACCCAGAUACAUGUGAUUGUCAGACACAUUUUAUUUGUUAAUGUGUUCAAGAACAAGUGUUCGCUAUAUAAUCACAUCAUGUUUAUAGUUUCGUGAGCAAAAGUGCACAUGCACAUUUUAAUAUCAAGGUGUGUCGGGCCACCACUUGCAUAGAGACACACAGUACAAAUACUGGAAAGUUUUCACCUGCUGGUCUGAAAAAUCUCAUCCAAGACAAGAUGUUAUGAUGACGUAAAGAGAAAUUGCGCCCAUUACUGCUGUAGUGGGUAAAUGAGCAGGGUCUAACAUUAACAUUGAACACUUAAAAUUGAACCUCCAUAGUCGAACACAAUGUAUUCUGAGACGCUAGUUGACUUCCUAAUUAAUCUCUUUUCAGAAAUCCCCAUCGAAAUAAAGUAAAGGAAACAGAUUUUUUUUUUUCAGGUUCAAACUGUCAAGCAUCAUAAAAGCGUUUAGUGUUCCGACAAAAUGAAACAUUUUAACACCUGGCUGCCAUAUGAAAGUACAAAAAGGUCAAGCCACUGUCUAAUAAUAUACUGUAUUAACAUAAUUAGCAUCAGUGUACAUAUUUGUGCAGCCUCAUGUAAAAGAAGCAGCAAGCUACUAGGUUUGCAAGACCUUGGUGAACGAUGAAUCAGAUUGUUGGACUUUUGAGGUUAGUUAAAAAGUGUCCAGCGCAACCCUCAGCAUGCUCAGAAACAGAUUAGCCUUGACCAAACCCUCAACCUUUUCUGGGAGUUGUUUGCUAACAGUGAUUUAUUUGACAGCAUUAUCAGCCCUUCUGUCAUUACCGUAUUUGUGCCUUCAGUCACAAACUAGUCAGUUGCGCUCAUAAUUUUCCUGCAGCCAUAAAUUUAGCCUGAUGCAUAGAGAUUAGUAUGAACACAUGAACUGUCUUAGCAAAGAUAUUUAAUUAGGACGCAUGUUCAGAUUCAGUCUGACAGCUGCGACAUUGAAAACAAUCAGUUGACAUGCUCUGUCAAAUGAAGCGCUAUCUGUUAAUUAACUUGAAUAUUAGUAAUGAGGGUUAUAGUCAUUUGGGGAUCAGGAAUGAGAUAACACUACAAUUAGAGCUAAAUACAGAUUCUACCCUUUCUAUUUACUUGUUUUUUUUUUCUGAAUUCAUCUACCCACCCAUCCAUUUUAUGAGCGUCUUACCCUCACAACGGUCGCAGGAGUUCUGGAGUCUAUCCUGGCUGUCUUCGGGUAGGAUAUAGGGUACACCCUGAACUGGUUGCCAGCCAAUCACAGGGUGCAUCAAAAUAAUCACACGUACUCGCGAUCCCACCUAAGGGCAAUUUUAGUCUUCAACUAAUGCAUGCUUUUGGGUUGAGGGAGGAAAUUGGCGUGACCGGAGAAAACCCACCCAGGCACAGGGAGAACGUGCAAACUCCACACAGGCAGGGCCGGGAUUUGAACCCCAGUCCUAAGAAUUGUAAAGCUGAUGCUCCAGCCAGUCGUCCACUGUGCCGCUGAAACUGAAUUCAUUGUUUUUUUUAAUUUCAUUGCAUUGUACCCCUACAAAAAAAUAGAAGAAAAAAUAAUCAGGCACAAUUUGUUAAUUUAAGUUUAGCGGACUGACAUCAGAGCAUCUCCAUUACCCAAAACCAACCAAUCUUUCUGACUUGACUGUAAGUGUAGGUCAACCGAUCACAAGUAUUGUAAUCUGUAUGUCUGAAAUAUAGAAUUGGGGCCCCCAGAGCUCAGUGGUUAGAGCAUUGGUUUGGUAAAUCAGGGGUCGUGAGUUUGUUUUUCACUGGGGCCUCCACUCGCCAAGAGGGCUUGCGUCAGGAAGGGCAUCCGGCGUAAAAACUGUGCCAAACAAUUAUGAGCGUUCAUCUGAGAUGACACGCUGUGGCGACCCCUAGCGGGACAAGCCGAAAUAAAGUAGUAUCUGAAAUAUAGAGUUGCCAUUGUAAAUGUAUCGCACUCUUCAGUGGAACCUCAGCGGUCAAAUACAAUCUGUUCUGUCAUGCAUCUUUUUUUUCCCCAUAAAUUAAAACACCAUUUUCAUUUGAGAUUAAUUAAAUUUGGCAAAUUCUGUUCCCCGGCAGAACUAUCAUGAUUACAUUCAGACUAUUCAGUCAUUAAACCCUCAGUAAAAACAUGAAAUCUUUUUUAAAAAUUUGUCUUACAAUAAAGUAUUUAAGCCCUCGCUUUAAUGACAAAUGUGGAGGGAUAGUCAAUUUUGUUGCUGAUGCAGUUCCUGAAUUGCAGAAUUAAUCAUUAAUAUAACACAAUGUUAAAAUAUAAUCUGCAACGUAACAUUUUCAUCACAAGUGACGGGCAGAUGACUGGUUAGCAAAUCUGCUCACAGUUCUGAGGACCCGGGUUUCAAUCCAGCCUCGCCUGUGUGGAGUAUGUGUGUUCUCCCCAUGCCCGGAUUGCUUUUCUCCGGAUACUCCGUCUUCCUCCCACAUCCCUAAAACAUGCACAAUGGCUUAAUUGAAGACUCUAAAUUGGCCGUAGGUGUGAAUGUGAGUGCAACUGGUUAAGUGCCCUCCGAUUAUUCCACCUCUCGCCCUCAGUUAGCUGAGAUAGGUUCCCGCAUACAUGCAACCCGAGUUAGGAUAAGUAAUGUAGAAAAGGGAAAUAAUGGAUGAAUCUUUAUUUGUUUUGUGAAACAGCACAAAUUAUCCAAGAUCAAAUCCAGUAACAGACAAGAAAAUGAGCCUUGUCAACAUUUGAAACUUGCGUAACACUGUCUGAAGCACACAGUGAUGCAUGGUAACGUCCAGUAGAUGUUCUCCUCUCACAGCAGUUCUUUCUUUCAGCACUUUCCUACUGUCAUUAAAAAAAAAAAUUGGUGGGGGGGAAAAACAGCAUUCUUAUUAAAAGCACAUGUCAAUUUCCCAUAAUUAAGCUUUACAGCUUUGAGUUGAGGUUCCACUUUUCAUUGAGCAAUGUGUUAUCGUAGCUCGAUAAGAUGUUAUGAAAUCAACUGGUGAUCAAAGGAUGGUUGUAAUUUUUUUUUUUUUUUUUUUUUACACCAAAUGUUUUUUUUGUCUGUAUGUGCAUUUGUGUCUGUGUGUGUGUAAAAGAGAGCAUAUGACUAUGCGUCUGUCUUUAUCAUUCAAGACCCUGUUAAAGACAGCAUAGGCCGUGGUGUUCUCUAACACUUUUUUCUCAUCCUUCCCAUUCCUCUGAAAUGGACCUUUUACAGACGGAGAAGAUAGCCCAAGAAAGGGAAAAGUUUGCAGAUGAAGACAGCAUAUUUUACACUCUGGGAGAAUGUGGGCUCAUCUCCUUUUCUGACUACAUCUUUCUCACCACUGUACUGUCCACUCCCCAGAGGAACUUUGAGAUUGCUUUUAAGAUGUUUGAUCUCAACGGUGAUGGAGAGGUAGACCUGGAGGAGUUUGAACAGGUCCAGAGUAUUAUCCGCUCUCAAACGAGUAUGGGCAUGCGACACCGCGAUCGCUCCACCACAGGAAACACCCUAAAGACAGCCGGCUGCAGCUCAGCUCUCACCACCUACUUCUUUGGAGAGGACCUAAAGGGAAAACUAACCAUCGGCAGUUUCCUGGAGUUUCAGCGGAAGCUGCAGCACGAUGUGCUUAAGCUAGAGUUUGAGCGGAAUGAUCCGGUGGAUGGACGAAUCUCAGAGAGACAGUUUGGCGGUAUGCUGCUGGCUUAUAGCGGCGUUCAGUCUCGUAAACUCAAGCAGAUGCAGAAAGGAUUGAAAAAGUUGUUUAAGGAUGCACAGGGUAUCACAUUUGAGGAAGUGGAGAAUUUCUUUACCUUUCUGAAGAAUGUCAAUGAUGUGGACACAGCGCUGAGUUUCUACCACAUGGCUGGAGCGUCCAUUGAUAAAGUGACUAUGAAACAGGUGGCCCGCACCGUAGCAAAGGUGGAGUUGUCCGAUCACGUGUGCGACGUGGUCUUUGCCCUGUUCGACUGCGACGGGAACGGCGAGCUCAGUAAUAAGGAGUUCAUCGCCAUUAUGAAGCAGCGACUCAUGCGUGGGCUGGAAAAACCCAAGGACAUGGGCUUCACUCGGUUGGUGCGCGCCAUGUGGAAGUGUGCUCAGGACACCGCCUGGGACUUUGCAAUGCCAAAGACAUAAUGGAGACCAAAAGGUGACACGCGAGUAGGAGUAAAAUGCCAUUAGAGAUGGAGUUUUUCACUCAAGGGUUCCAAAGACUGCAACCAGGAUGGCAUCAAUGCCCAUUCUGGUUUCACGAUGCAUGCAGUGCGCCUGUGAGGCUUCCUGUCAAUGCAUCACACGCAUUUGAAUAAUGAGAAAUAUGACAAAUAAGUGGAUAUUUAUUUUUGGACAAAUUCAGUGCGCCAUUAGAUUGCAUGUGACCUUUUCCAAAAAAAAAAAAAAAAAUAUUGAAUCCUAUUUGACUCAUGUACAAAAUGUUGCCCCUAAUCAUUGGAAAAGGCUGUCAGCAUCUCUAUAGUUAAUUCCAAGGUUCUUUUACCAUUUUAAAUUACUUUGUUCCUUUGUCACUAAAAUGUUACAUAAACAUGUAAUUGUCUGAAUAUUAUAUUGCUCACUGACU